GAGGUGCAGCCGCCGCUGUGCAAGCAGUGGGUGCUGGAACCAUCGCAGAUAUCUGGCACACAAAAGAAAGAGGCGCAGCAAUGGGCUUGUUCUACCUUGGUCCACUCUGUGGGCCUCUUUUUGCCCCGAUUAUCGGAGGUGUGCUCGGAGCAGAACUGGGAUGGCGAAGCACACAAUGGUUUCUAGUCAUUUAUGGAGGCCUCACGGUGAUCUUUGUCAUUUUCGCCCUACCAGAAACAUUACACCGGGACGGUAAACCAUCUACGGGCCCUGCUACACUACCCUCAAACGAUGACAAAGAAAAAGAGCCUGAUACGGCUCUUCGAAGAAGCACCACACACGCCUCAACCGUACAGAAAACUAAGAGCAUACUCCUGCACCUCCGCCAUAUAUUCAUCGACCCGCUUCGUAUAAUAACUUGGCUCCGCUUCCCACCUGUCCUUCUUACCGUGUAUUCAGCGAGCAUAACCUUCGGCUCUCUCUACAUUCUCAAUAUCAGUAUCCAGAAGACGUUCUCCAGUUCCCCAUAUUCCUUCUCAACUCUCAUUGUCGGUCUACUCUAUAUCCCAAACUCUGCAGGCUACCUCCUCGCUUCCAUCUAUGGCGGCCGCUGGCUCGACUCCAUCAUGCACCGCGAAGCCCGCAAAGCAGGGCGAUACGACGAGAACGGCAAACUCAUCUUUCGACCCCUUGAUCGCAUUAGGGAAAAUGCUUGGAUUGCCGCUAUUCUGUGGCCUGCUGCACUAAUCGUGUAUGGUUGGACGGCUCAGUAUGGGAUACAUUGGGUUGUACCCAUGAUUAGCAAUUUCUUUUUUGGCAUCGGCAGCAUGUUGGUGUUCGCUCUUGUGAAUACUAUAUUGACAGAGUUUAUGCCUAGACGGGCUGCAAGCGGAAUCGCACUGAACAAUUUUGUGCGGAACAUGUGCUCAUUUGUGGGUGCUGUAGUGGCAGAGCCGAUUCUCACUGCAAUUGGAAAUGGGUGGCUAAUGACAAUCUUGGGUCUUUGGAGUGUUACUACAGGCUUGGCUGCACUGUAUGCGUUGAGUAGGUGGGGCGAGAGAUGGAGGGGGGCUAUGAUUGAGGUUUUUGGGUGAGGGAAUCAAGACGUUGGAUUGGAAUUCGAAAAGUCCGCAGGUUAAGUCUGCAUGAAUGCUUGUAUGUAUGUAUGUAUAUACUUUCUUUAUUUCUACGAAACAAACACGCCCGAAACAUCUAUGAUAGACAAUCAAAAGUACAGACGCGCAAAA